AUGAGCAUCCUCACCGGCAUUCGUCUUGGUCCUAAGCAUUAUCAUCAUCAGCAUUCAUAUUGGUCCUCAUCAUCAUCAUCAUUCAUCUUGGUCCUCAGCAUUAUCAUCAUCAUCAGCAUUAAUCUUGGUCCUCAUCAUCAUCAUCGGCAUUCAUCAGCAGCAGCAUCAUCAACCUUAAAGCUUUAG